AUGAGGGAAGACGCACGCGAUGCAGCGCAAAAAAGGCCGCGGCAAGGCGUCACACGCAGCGCAGCGUCGGCAUUCUGGACACUCGGUGUCGGUUCCGCUGCGGGAUUCACAUCGUGCGUGAUUUUGCAGCCGUUCGACCUGCUGAAAACGCGCAUGCAGCAAGAACCGCUGCAUGCGUUGGCACACAAUCCCACAGAGACGCGCACACAGCGACUUGUGCGUACAUUUCAAGGCAUCACACAGAAAGACGGGUGGAAGGGUCUGUGGCGCGGAACCACGCCCACCAUUGUCCGAAAUGUGCCGGGCGUCGCUGCCUACUUUUACACCAUCCAUGAGCUGCGGUGGCUUGUCGCCGUGUGGCAGAUCCCAUGGCUUUCGGUCGAAGGCGCUAUGCAUGCGGAGCAUGCUGAGGCUGGCUCGACGCUCGCCAAGCUCUCCACGCCUGGAAACCUGGCGACCGGAGCAUUCGCGCGCGUCUCGAUAGGAUUUGUGCUCAACCCAAUCACCGUUGUCAAAUCGCGGUUCGAGUCGUCCAAUUUUGCGCGCGAUGCAUAUCCAACAGUACGCUCGUCGCUGCGCUCCAUAUACCGGGACGCCGGGUUUCGCGGCUUUUUCCGCGGCUACUCUGCCACGGCGCUGCGCGAUGCGCCGUAUGCGGGUUUGUACUUGGCGUUUUACGAGCACGGAAAGCAUCUACUCAGCCGCCUAGUUUUGGAUGGCACCGCGCAGGUCAAUUCGGGCAAGUGGUGGGUCGUGGGCACGAGCAGUAUUCUGGCGGGCACGUUGGCGACAAUUGUGACGCAGCCGUUUGAUAUUAUAAAAACACGCAUGCAAACGACGCCCACCAACAUUUUGGAGCAGGAAGCGCUGAAGCGGCGCAAGUCGGCAACUGCGCUCGCUGUUGCGCGCCACGUUCUUAAGACCAACGGAAUAGGCGCAUUUGCUGACGGGCUUGGCCUGCGGUGUGCCAGGAAAGCCGCCAGCAGCAUGAUUGGUUGGUCCAUCUUCGAGCUGGGGAAUCGCUGGGCAGUGCAGGGUGCGACGCGCAAAUAG